CUAUGUUUAGAAUCUAUCACUAGCAGCAAAUAAGCCUUACCGUCUCGAUCAGCACCAAAUUCAGUCCUCCUCGUCGCGAUGUCUUACCCAACCAAGCCUUGCUUCGUCGGUUCUUUUAAGGGCUGGGACGACGAGGCACUGAAACAUCCUGUUAUGCAAUACUUGAGCAACCUCAACACUGACUCCUGCGAGACCAAGGUUGCCCACUCGGGGCCGCAUACUAAGUGGUUCACCCAGGACUUCGAGUUCCAAGCCCAAAGUGGGCAGACCCUUAGAGGAGAGGAGGCCUGGAAGAGGUUGGUUCAUUCGACCCGGUUCUAUGACAAAUUUUCAAUGGAGCCCCUCUCCGCUUUCAUCCAGGAUACGGAAGACGGAUAUGAUGGCAUGGUGUACGGGAAUAUAUACACCAACUUCGUAGAGCCGGGAGAGAAGAAAUAUUCGGAUAACAAGGGAAUUAAUUGGGAGCUGCGGAUUCCGAGAGCUUAUCGACUUACCUUCGUCAAGGAUUCUAGCGGGCCACACGGCCUGAAAAUCAGUAACCUGGUUAUCGUCGGGGAUAUCUUGGGCACGAUGGCGGCAGCGGUUCGCAAGGGAAUGGUUUCGCAGGAGAAUGCGUUUGGAUUUUAGGUGAACACAAUGAACCGCUACUUGGCACCAAAUUGUGAUAUAUCUUUGCAUUGGAUAGGCUGUCCUAAAAAAAAUGAAGUCACAGGUUUCGCGAAUAACUCCUUAGGGGAUGCAUCAGGUGUUUAUGUGCCUGUGGCAGCUAUGUGCUGGAAAAGCUCUAUAUUCAC